AUGCGCACCAGUCACUCGAUUCUUUCCGACUCGGAUCGUUCCUACUCGGCAAAACUCGGCUCCGUUCGCCGAUCACAUGCGUCAAGCCUGCCCCCUUUCUUCUCUGUGUGGCUCAUUUUUCGCCAUUUUGGCAGCACCACUGUGUUGAUUGGGUUUUUGAGAUCUGUAGUGGAGCCAAUCAGAAGGGUAUCGGACAAACGGAGAAACGGUGACGAAGGAAAUAUGGAGCAAUAUACAACUACAACAAGUGGGGAUCAGAUAGUGGUGCAAGCUGCCAAUGGGCAAAUCCAGCAGCAGGUCCAGGGUCAGCCGCUGAUGGUUCAGGUGAGUGGUGGGCAGCUGAUUACAUCCUCAGGUCAGCCCAUCAUGGUACAGGCCAUGUCUGGAGCUCAGGGCCAGACAAUCAUGCAGGUGCCCAUGUCUGGAGCACAAGGCCUUCAGCAGAUCCAGUUGGUUCAGCCGGGACAGAUUCAGUUGCAGGGUGGUCAAACUUUGCAGCUGCAGGGUCAGCAGGGUCAGACUCAGCAGAUCAUCAUACAGCAGCCCCAGACUGCCAUUACCGCAGGCCAGAAUCAGGGGCAGCAGAUUACAGUUCAUGGACAGCAUGUUGCCCAAACAGCUGAAGGACAGACCAUUGUAUACCAGCCUGUGAACGCUGAUGGCACAGUUCUGCAGCAGGGCAUGAUCACCAUCCCAGCAGGCACCCUGGCAGGCACUCAGAUUGUCCAGGCUAACACCUCCACAACCAACAGCGGGCAGGGCACAGUUACCGUUACUCUGCCAGUAUCUGGAAACAUGGUGAACGCUGGGGGAAUGGUCAUGGUAAGACCUCCCGAUGAGAUGGUGCCGGGUGGUGGUGCUGUGCCAGCCAUCCAACGAAUCCCUCUGCCAGGGACCGAGAUGCUCGAAGAGGAGCCGCUGUAUGUUAAUGCCAAGCAAUAUCACCGUAUCUUAAAGAGACGCCAAGCUCGUGCCAAGUUAGAGGCAGAGGGCAAGAUCCCUAAAGAAAGAAGGAAAUAUCUUCACGAGUCACGGCACAAACACGCCAUGCAGCGGAAGCGUGGCGACGGGGGACGGUUCUUCUCACCUAAAGAGAAAGAAGAAAUGGCUUUGGCCAUGCAGGAGCAACAGGACCAGAACCAGACUGGAGAUGAGGCCGUGGUCCAGAUGAUCCGGGUGUCAUAGCACUAGAACUUCUAAUGUGUUUUUUUUAAAUAACUGUGAAGGACCAAAUUUACACCAGUGUGAAUCACCGUCUCCAACGCAACACUAACAGACAGUCCUAAUUCAUCGUGACCGGUGUUCCUUGAACUAUAAAAACAUCCUGUAAUUUUCAGAACUCAAAACUUUCUAGUUAGUCUAAAAACAGCUUAUAUUGAAGCCAGUCUGCCAAAACGACAGGUUGUGGAAUGUGCCGCUCUAUGAUGUGAUAGUGUGACUAACCUGUGUUCCUGCUGUCUCAUGUCUUCCACUGAAAGGAGGGGCCCAUCUGUUUUCUCUCCGUGGACUUGUAUUUGCUCCAGAGGACACACAUAGAGCCAUUACUGUUAAUGUACAGCGUAAUGAAUUCAGCUUGCAGUUUAAAAAGCAAAUAAAUAGCAAAGCGUAGAUUGAACCACAGAGAGACUGCGAAUACGCAGUUAGUAAUGACUCAUUUACCGUAAUGUUUUUCAAAGGUGGCAGUAGAACAAACAAGAAUAUAAUUAAUUGCAUCAUGAAGACCAAGGCAGUCUGUUUGAUUUUCUACUUUUUUAGCAUUAUGGACAGUUCAUGUCAGGCCUAUGAAUUUAUAAGUGGGAAGUUACAUGGAAAUGAUGUAGGUUUAUCUCUUACAAGCUAAUUGUGGUGUUGUUCAGUGUAUUGUACAUGUUUGGCAUGGGGAAAAGGGCAACAUUUUUUGGAAAUCGGUCCUCAUCACCAAGGAAACACCGGUCAUAUAGGGUGUUCUUGUUUCCCAAGCUUUUAUACAGGUUUCGCCCAUAACAUGAAGUCAUUUUACAUUAGUGUUUUGAUACAACAAUCAUUUGUAAUUUGACUGAGGUUUGUGUAUCCAGUUACUGUCUUCCUGGCUCAUCUAGUUCCUACUUGGAAAUGCAGUUUGAGUUAUGUUGGACAUUGAAGUCAUCUAACCUGUAUUUUGAUAAAAAUUGUGUGCGAAACGCAUU